GCGUCUGAAGGUUUGUUGUUCUCUACAAGUUCAUCCUACAUAGCCGUGGUUGCUAUUGAUUUUGGGACCACAUACAGUGGUUUUGCUUUUGCUUUCAACCACAAGAAGGGAGAAGGAGGCAUUCAUAUGAACAGAGCCUGGGGACAUGACCAGGGAACUGCUACCCUUAAAACACCUACCUCUCUGCUUCUUCACCCUGAUGGUAGCUUUGAUUCAUUCGGAUACGAAGCGGAAGAAAAGUACGCCAACUUCUUUAAUGGUGAAGAUCGAGAUUAUCUUUACUUCAAACAUUUCAAAAUGGCACUACACAAGUCAGAGGUACAGUUCAUUUAUUCGUCUUUUUUUUUCUUCCUUUUUUCUUUUUUGCCACGCCUGAAGCGAAAUUUCCAUAGACGGACUGUCUAUCACUAACUCUAAUCUUGAAAUCAACUCGAAACACCUAUAAAACUAAUUCAUAACGAAUAGUCAUAGGAGGAAGUAAAAGGUUAAAUUACUGCUGAUUGUCUCGACAAACACCGUAAAAAGAACAAGCAUGGGAGUAUGCGGUUGCUGAAGAGGAACCCUAGCGAUUAAAGCCGAGAGAAAAAAUUGAAAGCAAUUACUGAAAACAAUAACACUUCAUUGCAAAAUGGUCAUAACAAACCAAGUUAACAGUGCUCAUGAUUUCAUCAGAUCUGUAAUCUUUACAUAACAUCUACAUCUGAGUUUGAUAAGAAAAAACAGAUCACGAGAUUUUUUAAUUCAUAUUAAAUGAUAAUUGCAUGAAAAACUAAAAGGGUCUCUCAGGGUCCUCAAAACUAAACUAGAUAGUACGCAUCGUUUUGGGUUUUGUAUAAGUUCUCCGCUGAAGUUAAUUCGCAUCAAAAGUAUUAGACAUAAUCUUUGUAAAUUUGUCUUCUCCUAUUACAGACAUACAAAGCUGACAGCUCGAAAUGGAAAAAAAAUUGAUGCUUUGGUUGUUUUUGCCCACUCAUUGAGGUAUCUCAAAGAUCGAGCUAUCGAAAUCAUUCGCGAGAGAACUGGAGACGAAAAGUAUAAUGAAAAGGACAUUCGGUGGGUCAUAACAGUGCCUGCCAUUUGGAGACCCGCUGCCAAGCAAUUCAUGAGAGAAGCUGCAUGUAAGGUAAUUGUAGAGAAGUUAAAUUUGUUUGUCCCCACCCCCUUACGAUGAGUUAAGAGGUGAAAAUGAAAUAAGGAAAGGAAAUACAGGACGAGCUAGAAUACAGGUUACUCUGAUGCUGUCAGUUACUAAAAAAGAAUGUGUUAUCACAAAUGUGAAAGUUUUGUUUUUUUCUCCUCGGAGGUGUUCGCAGAAAGCGAGAAAUUUAAGUUUGAGAUUAUCAAUGUUGUUUAAACGAAACUUUUUUGUCUCCAAUAACUGACUUUUUUUUGCUUCUACUUUGGAAGGCGGAGAUGAUAUCAAAUAAGAACCCUGAACAGCUGCUUAUUUCCUUGGAACCAGAAGCAGCCUCUAUACACUGCAGAGAAAUGAAGAUGAGAGAAUUCGCCAAUGAGAAAGGAGAUGCCACUGUGUCAGACGUCUUUGCUCGACCUGGGUCAAAAUACCUUGUUAUUGAUAUCGGAGGUAAGACUGAACUUUUAGAAAAAUGGACCGUUUUGACCAUGUCACGCUACAAAGUAUCAAAACCUUUUCUUAUUUUUUAAUUUGGAAACAGUAAUGUCUCCUCUAAAUCAUUUAAAAGCUUCCGUGUGUUUAUGAAGACGCAAGGUUUUUUUUUAAUAUGAGGCAAAUUUGUAAUGGUAAUUGAACUAUGUGGAGUGGUGGGACAUCGUCGUAACUCGUUUGAUACUGACCAAAGCAAAUAGGCUAAUAGCUUGUGAUGAUAACCUUUCUCAAACGGAGUCAAACAAAAACGACGCUGAAAUUUCAAAAAAUUUGAAAAAUUCGUCGGCUAGGAACGGAUCAUUUUAUAGCCAAUAAUCUAGAAGGCUGUUGAAUUCGCAGGUAAGCGACAAUGUUAAUGACACAAGGUUUUAACUAUCAAAAAUAGAAACAAGCAAGCAGCCAUGGACAGUUGUUUUAGCUUUAACGGGCUUCAUUAGCUUCAAGCUUUAUCAGCACUAAUAUACUAAAUGAGAUCGAUCGAGCUCGUAAUGCGUUUUAUGUUUGACUCGUAUGAAUGCAAGGGCUGAAGCUGUAAAUUAAUUGGUGUUACAUCUGUUACUCCUUGAUAAAGGCGGGACUCUUGACGUCACAGCUCAUGAAAUCUUAAUGAAUGGAAACAUUAAAGAAAUCCAUCAGGUGACAGGAGGACCUUAUGGUGGAACCAAAGUUGACGAGGAGUUCAUGUCCCUACUUGAGAGGUUUUUUGGAACUUAUCAGGUGAAAAUCUUCCGUGAAAACCACCCAGCAGAAUGGCUGGAGAUGAUGAAUGAAUUUGAGAUGAAGAAGCGAGGGCGCCGAGCUUACGAGGGUGAAACAACCAGAAUUCGCCUUCCUCGCACCUUUACUGCACUGGUUUCAGAGCACGGUGGGCCUGAUCUGGCGAGACGAUUUUCAAGUUCUUGUACAACUGAUGAUGUCCAAUUCGUGAGAAAUGAAUACUUCUGUAUAGGACCAGCGGCCAUGAAAAAGUUGUUUGAACCGGUUCUGAAAGGAAUAGUGAAACACCUGAACAACCUCCUUAAGCAUCGUGAGCUCCGUGGGCUGCAAUUUUUCUUUCUUGUUGGAGGUUUCGCCGAGUCAGCGAUACUUCAGGAUGCAAUAAAGAAAAACUUUCAGCGGAGGUAAGGUAAAUUUAACGUAAACGUGUGAAUAGGUUGAAGUUUGGGACAGAAGAAUCCUAAGUUAGGUCGCAUUAUCUGAACCAAACGCACUGAGAUGUGUUUCGACGUUCGAAGAUUUUCGGAACGAAGGGUCGUAGUCAAAGUAUGCAGUUGCAAGUUAUCCUAAGAUUCAUCAAAUCAAAAGGGCAGUUUUGCAAUCAAAAGGUAUAAGAAGCAUGCCUAAAGAACAAUUGACCUCCCAUGUAAACAUGACAUGUAAAAUGACUGUCAUCUUUGAUAUUUUUUCUCUAAUCACAGAUGCAGAAUUUUAGUUCCAAGCAACGCUAGCAUUGCAGUUGUUCAAGGUGCAGUUAUGUUUGGCCAAACACCUGACAUUGUCGACUCUAGAAUAAUGUCUACGACUUACGGCUUCGAUACGUACCGCCCGUUUAACCCCAGUCUUCACCCAAUUGACAAGCAGCGCUUUGUUGACGGCGUAGCCUACUGUAAAGAUUGCUUUGUGGUUCUUGUUAAAGAGAAUGACAUUGUGAGGACAGGUGAAAAGAAAGUCUUCGCUGAUUACAGCCCAUUGGAAGGAAGUCAAACAGCAGUUAGGUUCAGUUUUUUCACCUCCACCAAUCCUGACGCCAAAUACUCAACAGACGCUUCAGUUAGCAAGUCCAUAGGGGAGGUUGUCGUCAAAUCACCUGACGUUACAAAAGGAACCAGCCGAAUGAUUGACCUGGCGAUAGAGUUUGGCGGAACUGAGAUUAAAGCCACUGCAAUAGACAAGAGCAGUGGGAACACUGCCACGGUAUAUCUUGACUUCCUGUGCAAUAAGGAUUAA